GUUAGCAAUGUAAAAGAUUUUGUGUCCCAGAACCCACCGGCCGUCACAUUUUUCCUGUGUCUCCUGACACUGGCAAUUUCGUUCAUCUGCCUCGGCUCUUACAGCAAUAAUCACACUCUGCCCAAUCCUGACACAGUAAAGUUACAAUAGUGUGGAGUUUCCCACUGUGAAGGAGGCAAGUUUUUCUUUGAGCAAGGAACUAGAGGACAGUGAAAUAUGCAACCUGUUGCACAUAUUUAAAGUAUGUGAUGAAUGGAGGAAAAGUGUGCUAGUUCACAUUUCUAAGAACAAAGGCGAUGUUCAGAACUGUGGAAACUACAGAGGAAUAAAGAUGAUGAGCCACGCAAUGAAGUUAUGGGAAAAAGUAGUGGAGGCUCGACUCGGGACAGAAGACUGGAACCAUCUCCUCUCUGCUUUGGCACACUUCCAUCUGUGUGUAAAAAGCAACCGGAGCUCAGAUGAGCCAGUGGAUCCGUUGCCGUCUCCUCUUCCACAGAAGAAAGCAGAAGUGGACGCUUCGCUCGGCUUGCCGUCGCAACCCACAACUGUCGACAGUUUGCAUCUGAAGGUUCCCGUGGCGGUCACGAGCAGCAACGGCCUUCCCAAAAACGCUGACCUGUUCACAACCUUUACAGCCAGGCAGUUGAAUCUUGGGGGCGAUGAAAUUGUGAGCGUCCACAUCCAUUCUGAAUAUGAUACGUACACCUGCCUCAGCAUAAAAGCGCCAACAGCUCUCUUCCCCAUGAACCAACUUCCCCCAGAGUGUCCUGCAUCCGGUAAUACCCUCUCAUCCGUCCACGUGGAGGCAAUCGACCAGACGCCACCGGCAUCACGAGCCUGCUACCGCCUACUCUCCAGGAACGACCCCAGUUUCGCGGUCAUGUUAACCAAGGAAGAGCAGUGGGUGGCAGUGAGACAUCUCAUAGAAGUCAGCGUGUGUCUCAUAGGAGUUUGUUUAAUACUUUGUUUAGCUGCGAGCUUGACACAUUCAUUGAUGCGCAACUAGCACAGGAAGACAGGAUCUUUGACAAUGAACAUUUUAUUGAGAGUUGAACACUUCAGAUCCUGCCCAAGGUUGUAAGGAAAAACUGUUCUCCCGUCCAUUUGGAUCCUAAUGAGAACUUUUUGUGUAAUGUGUACUUCUUGACCACUUUUCUGUUAACUGUAAUCCACUGUCUCAGAUAUUUGCACCAUGCAAAUGUUUGCCAGCUUUACAAUAAGGUAGUAGCAAUUAAUUUAAUAUUUAAUAUAUUGUUACAUGUCCUUAAAACGAUUUCAUGACAAAUAAAGAGUUUUUGUCAGA